UGCUGCCUAUAUCUUAACUGUCAUCAAAACCUGUUCACCCAAUACCCUUGUGCUUAUUGACCUAAGUUGGCUAACAGUUCAGCCAAGCUUUGAUUUUAAAAUUCUCAUCCUUAUUUUCAAACCUCUCCAUGGCAUCAUCCCUCCCAAUCUCUAAUCUUCUCUAGUCUCGUAGCCCUCAGAUUUCUUUACUUGUCCAAUUUGGUCUCUUGCAUAUUCCUGAUUUUAAUCACUCCAGCAUUGACAGUCAUGCCUUCAGUUCCCUGAGACCUUAAUUCUGGAAUUUGGCCUCUGAGCCUCCAUAUUCCUCCCUCUCCUACUUUAAGAUGCUCCUUAAAAUCUGUGUCUUUGACCAAGGUGCCAGUCGUAAUAUCUCCUUAUGUGGCUUGAUGUUAAAAUCAUGAAUGCAACAGUCUUCUCAAAGGCAGAGUUCCCACGUUUGUUAGCACAAACCAAACAGAAGCAGCUGCAGUGGCUCAGGCACGUCCACAGGAUGGAAGAUGGUCACAUACCCAAGGAUUCCUGUAUGGAUGAUCUGCGAAUUGAUGGCCGUGGCUGUGAAGAUUAUAGACAUAUUGAAAUAGAAACAGAUGUGGUGUCAAACACAAGUGGAUCUGCCAGAGUGAAAAUUGGUCACACGGAUAUUCUGGUGGGUGUUAAAGCUGAAAUGGGCACACCCAAACUGGAGAGACCAAAUGAAGGCUUUUUAGAAUUUUUUGUGGACUGUUCUGCCAAUGCAACUCCUGAGUUUGAAGGGCGUGGAGGAGACGACCUUGGCACAGAAAUCGCCAACACCCUAUACAGAGUGUUCGAUAACAGCAGCACUUUGGAGUUGAAGACGCUGAGUAUUACUCCCAGGGAACACUGCUGGAUCCUCUAUGUAGAUGUACUGUUGUUGGAGUGUGGUGGAAAUCUUUCUGAUGCAAUCUCCAUUGCUGUUAAAGCAGCACUUCAUAAUACGAGAAUUCCAAAGGUCCGAGUACUCGAAGAUGAUGAAGGUUCCAAGGAAAUCGAGCUCUCAGAUGAUCCAUAUGACUGCAUUCGUCUCAAUGUGGAAAAUGUACCUUGCGUCAUCACUUUAAGCAAAAUCGGUUACAGGCAUGUAGUUGAUGCCACCUCACAAGAGGAAGCUUGCUGUAUGGCCAGCCUGUUGGUCUCUGUCACCAGAAAAGGGACCAUCACUUGCUUCAGGAAAGUUGGAGGAGGCAGUUUGGAUCCAGCAAGCAUCUUUGAAAUGUUAGAGACAGGAAACCGAGUUGGGAAAGCGUUGCAUGAAUCAUUACAGACCACCUUGGAGAAAGAAGAAAGUUUAGGAAGGAAACGCCAAAAAGUUGGAUUUCUUGGUUGACUUUUGCAGUAUAAAUACUUCUCACUAAUAAAGAUUUAUUUAAAAUA